AUGGGCCAAUCUUUGCCGCCGAUGCCGGCGGCUCCUAUGCCCUCCACAACGGACUCUGCCACGACCGCUACGGGCGACUCUUCCACCGCUAUGCCAGCUUGGGUGGUGACCGCUAUGAAGCCAGAUACUCUCGUCCAGCCUUGGAAACAACAUGCUGGCGCCGAGAUCGACGACCCCGACUUCGCCCAAGGUAAAGACACCGUUACGUUCUACGACGUGAAGAGUAAGGUCUGUUACGGGGAGGGCUCAAUGGCGGCUUAG